UUUUAAUAUUGAUGACCUAUCCUAUCAUUCACAGACAGCAAGCAGAGAUCUUGUAUUUGUUGAGCAAUGGGGUUUCAGUGCAUUCCUACGAUGUACAUGCAGAGAUGAGGUAACCUAGGAAAGGCUCACUCUGCAGACACGUCACUGCCCCACAGCUUCCUCUUCCCUGGCAGGACUGGGAGAUGCAUCGGGCUCCACACACCUGAGGGUCAGGUGCUGCGCAUGCGCGUCCGUCCUGCAGGGCGCUGCGCUCCAUAGGGUCUUUGCAGUUUAUUCCAGGCCUGUUCCCGUCACCCGCCCGUUCUCCGGCAUGCACCGUGUAAACGCACCCCGGAAAGGCUCCCAGUGUCCAGCAGGCUAGUGGGCGUGGCUGGGCCCCCUCGUCACGUAGGGGCGGGGUUUGGAGAGGCCGCCUGCUGCGCGCUCCUGGGGUGACAGGUCGUGAGUGUGUGGGAACGCAGAGAGGACGGCGCCGCCCGGGACUGGGUGACCGGACUGUGGGAGUACCGCGGGCUCACCGGGCAGCGACUACACAGUAGGUGGCCCAGCACCAGCGUCCUGAUCUAACCAUCAUGGUAACAAAACUCCCCGACGUGUGUGCCAGCAUCAUCAUCACCACCGGACAAUGGAUGUGAGCUUACCUAGCAUAAGAAAUAACCUCACUACAACUUGUUUGGACUACCUGCACUUCACAUAACGUUUUAUUUUAUUUUUUGGGCCACCAGUGUUUUUGUCACUAGAGGAAGUACAGCCUUACGAAGCGUGUCCAGGUCCUGUUAAGCUGGUUUUGUGCUAGUUUGAUCUGCAGAGAACUCACCUCUGAGCUCUUUCUUUCUUCUUGUUUGUUUGGUGGGAGUACAUCACCAGAGACGGUAACGUAAACUACCAAGGACGAAGCUCUAGACAAUGUUGAUGGACUGGUUCUGAAAUAUAUUUGUGCAAUUGUGAAGAGGAGGUGACGGGAUGGCUUCCAAGGAGAGGCUGUGUGAGCUGUGGAUGCUGUACUGCAGCAAGAAAGACCCGGUCUAUCUGCGGCUGUGGUUGGACAGUUUUGUUUCUAAUUCUGAACAAUUCCUUGAUGUUGACUUUGAUGAGUUGCCAACCAGAAUUGAUGAUGAACCCCCAGGAUUAUCCAUGCUUGAAGACCACAUCUUACAAGUGCUUAGGCUCCAGCUGCUGUACUGUGUGCAGAAGACAGCGGAUGGCCUGGAGGAGGAACAGCAGGCCCUGUCACUUCUACUUGUGAAAUUCUUCAUUAUAAUUUGCAGAAACCUUUCCAACGUGGAGGAGAUCGGGUGCUGCUCGUACAUCAACCAUGUCAUUACAAUGACAACACUCUAUGUCCAGCAGCUUAAAAGUAAAACAAAAGAGAAAGAAGUCACAGACCAGGCCCCCAUAGAAGAAUUUGUAAGACAUGCCCUGGUGUUUUGUGAAAGCCUGUAUGACCCGUAUCGGAACUGGCGGUAUAUUGUGUCGGGUCGAACCAUCAGUCCUGUGGAAAAGAGCAGGCAGAAAUACAAAGCAGCUCCUCUAACCGUAGAAUUCAUUCCCUUCUUUUACCAAUGUUUCCAAGAAAGUGAACAUCUCAAAGAAAGUUUAAAGUGUUGCUUAUUACAUCUGUUUGGAGCUGUUUUAUCUGGUGGGCAAAAAAAUGCUCUUCUGGUCAUUUCUCCUGCCACCAUGGAGGUCCUAAUGCGUGUAUUAGCAGACUGUGACACGUGGGAUGAACGUGACCCAGAGGAAGUGAGUCGUAAAGCAGAGCUGACCCUGAAGUGUCUAACGGAGGUUGUGCACACCCUUUUGGUCAGUAGUUCUGACCAGCGGCAAGUGGAAAUCGGCACUGUUUUAGAGAAUUACUUCAAGCUACUCAACUCUGACCACUCGGCAUUACCGGGAUUGAGGAGAACCAGGCAGUGGGAGAGCAGGUUCAUCACCCUGCAAAUAAAAAUGCUAGAUUGUAUGACUGCAAUGUUAAACUGCAAGGACAGACCGGUGCUGCAAGCAAUAUUCCUAAACAGCAACUGCUUUGAGCACCUCAUCAGACUGCUUCAGAACUGCAGGCUCUUGUUAAGCGCUAACACUAGAGGGGCAGACAAGAGUGAAAAAGACCUUGCCAACAAAUUACUGACAGAAAUGAAUGAAAAUCAGGUUUUUCAAGAGCAGUUAGACACUUUGGUUGUCUGUACUAUUAAAGCACUUACAGCUGUGAAACAUAAAUCUCCCGGAGCAAAGGAAGUGUUUAAAGAAAGAAUUGGCUACAUUCACUUGCUUGAGGUGUUGAAAUCUCUAGGCCAACCAUCAAAGAUGUUACUUGAAGAACUUCUUAACAUGGCUGUAGAGGGAGAGCAUGCCGCAGUUGGGAUUUAUGGCAUAAGCAAUGUCCAACCCCUGCUCCUGCUUAUACAGUGGUUGCCGGAAAUAGUGUCCCAGGAUCUCCAAAUCUUUAUCUCUGACUGGCUGAAGCGGAUCUGCUGCAUCAACAAGCAAAGCCGUACAAUGUGUGUCAAUGCUAGCAUGGUCACCCGGAUCAUAGAUACUCUGAAUUCUCAUUACUCUCUACAUCGAGUCUGUGCAGAAAACUUGAUCAGUCUGUUAGGCUCAUUAGGCAGCCAGUCAAUGGGCUCGAAAGAGCUGUUUCAUCUUAUUGGCCUGCUGCGGAUGGAUGAACCCAAAAAGAGCCAUCCAUAUGUUGUCCCUGUGACCAGAGCGAUGCUCACCAUUGCCCGUAAGCAGGGGUUAGAGAGUGCCUUGCAGUACUUCAACCUGUCCCACAGCUCGUCAGGAAUCGCCUUGCCUACAAUUCAGAAAUGGCCUGGCUCUGCAUUUACUUUUUAUGCCUGGUUUUGUCUUGACCAAGAUCAGUCCACCUAUGGCUUUUCAAGCAGUGGCUCGAAAAGAAAACAGCUAUAUAGCUUUUUUACAAGCAGCGGCACAGGAUUUGAAGCUUUCAUCACCUCCUCUGGUUUUCUUGUCGUGGCAGUGUGCACCAAGAAAGAGUACACUGCCGUUAUGUUGCCAGAUCACUGCUUCUGUGAUUCAUUGUGGCACAGCAUUGCGAUUGUCCAUGUACCUACAAAAAGGUCCUUUUUUGGACAAAGCAAUAUCCACAUUUAUGUUAAUGGGCAGCAGAAAAUCUCUUCACCCCUGAAGUUUCCCACUAUGAGUGAACCUUUUACUUCAUGUUGCAUUGGAUCUGCUGGGCAAAAGACCAAUACUCCACCCCCAUCACAGAUAGCAGACCCACCAGUCUCUCCUCCAAGUAAUACCAGCAGGUCAUCACUGGGAAGCAUUCUGUCAUCACCAUCAAGAAGUGGGUUACAAGGAAAGACAGAUUCUGUCAAACUCAUUUCAGCUGGAACUCAAGAUAGUGAAUGGGGGUCUCCAACAUCACUUGAAGGACAACUUGGAUCUGUUCUCAUCUUCCAUGAUGCAUUGCAAGCAAAUCAAAUUAAGGCUCUGUACUUGGCUGGUCCUAACAGUUUGAGCCCCUGGAAAUCACAGGACACAGAACUAACAGACUUACCCAGCAAACUACUCGUUUAUUAUACCCCGAAGGCUUGUGGGAAUCACAUCUGCCUUGAUUUAUCACCCAACCUAUUUCAUGGACGAUUGACUGGGAACAAAGUUGUUAACUGGGACAUUAAGGACAUGAUCAACUGCAUUGGUGGGCUGAAUACAUUGUUUCCACUACUGGAGCAGAUCAGCUGUUUAAAUGACUUUGCCGCUGACAAAUCGGAGAGUAUCAGUCUUCCCCCCGAACUGUUGACCCCUACUGAAGGAGAUUUUGUGGUUGUGUCUUCCACGAAGGCUUCAGAAGCUCGCCUGGAAAAAAAUAUUGUAGCUACUUUUGUUUUGCUGAUUAAGCACUUUAUUCAGAGACAUCCAAUCAAUCAGGAAAAUCUGAUGCAUUCCCAUGGAGUUACAACAUUAGGGGCACUGCUGCAGAAGGUCCCAGGCCAUUUCAUGGAUGUGAAUGUUCUGAUGGCCGUCCAGCUCCUGAUCGAGCAGGUGUCUGUGGAGAAGAACACUGCUUUGCUGCAGCAUAUGUACCAAUAUCUGCUAUUUGAUUUCCGGAUCUGGAAUCGUGGAGACUUCCCUUUUCAACUAGGACACAUACAAUAUUUGUCAACCAUCAUCAAAGAUAGCAGAAAACUCUUCCGCAAAAAGUAUGGUGUUCAGUUUUUGUUGGAUACAAUCCGAAUAUAUUACAGUAAGGAGAACUCCUUGUCCUAUGAGGAUUUGACCACAAUAAGAAUGUCUCUAUUUGGACUCCUCAAAUACUUUCUCAGCAAAGCUGGCACACAGGAGGAGAUUCAGAGCGUCAUGGGUUACAUUGCAGCGACCAGUGAUGAAGAACAGCUAUGUGGGAUAUUGAAUGUUAUACACAACCUUCUGAAUACCACACCUUCUCAAGACCAGCUCUUUCUGCUACUUUUUGAGCCAGGCAGUGCUGAUAUUCUGUAUGCAUUGCUGCUGAAUCAGAGGUAUUCUGACCGACUGAAAGAUCUUGUAUUCAAGAUCUUGCAACUGAUGUUGAAUUGUAAUAAAGUUUAUGAAAAAAGCAAACAGCGAAUUCGACUGAGAGAUGUGGGAUACUCUGGUCUUGGUUUGCUGGUGAAUGAUGCUCCUGUCAGUAUGUUACUCAUAAAAGGACUUCUCAAUCAAGUGCUUAGAGCAGAUCCAGUUAUAAACUACAGAGACCUUCUGGCAGUGGUACACAUGUCUUACAAGUCGGAUCUCAUGGUACGAGUCGCCAUCUGCAGGAAGGUUCUUCAAAUCCUGCAGUUCCAUCCAGAUGCAGCGUCACAGAUUGCUCAGCAAGUUGGCUGGCAGGAUACUUUUGUACGGUUCUUUUUAAAGGAAAACUCAGAAUUUAAGAACAACACUAAAGUCAAUUGCCAAGAUACUGUUAAAGAAGAGGAUAAAAGUGCGAGGGCGGAGGAGUCGCACAGAAGUCCUUUUGGGAAGGUGGCCGUGGAUAAAGCAGACAUUUCAAAUAAUGGUACAUGUAACAACUGGUGUCCUGAAGAAAUGAAGUCUCUAAAUUCAAGCCUCCAGUCCACAAGCACACUCCUGGAUGAAGAUGGACCCUCUUUUAGUGAAGCUCAGCUUCAAGUAGAGGACCCAGAAGUCUGGCCUGGUGACCCCUCACAUCUCACUUUAGAACUGGCUAAUUUUGAAUUAGGAGAUGCGGGAAAUCAAACACCGGGAAGUUUAACCAGCACGCCUUCACCGGUAGAAUCCGCCAAGUCCUUUAACAUGGAUCGUCUUGAUAAAGAGUCUAACUGCUCAAAUAAUGUACUCUUUAGGGAUGAUCUCUCCCUUAGUGUGAAUUUGGAAAGCAGAGAGGACUGUGAAGAGGAGCUGGUGCAGCUGCUGACAGACAUACUGCUGUGCCUUAUGUGGAAAGGCCUGGACAAAUCGGAUAAUGUUACCUGGAUCGAAAGAGGACAAGUAUUCUCUGCACUAACCAGCCUGGAGAUGGCUAAUGAAUUGCUGCGACCAUCAGAUGUAAUUAAACUGAACUUGUUGGAGAAAAUGCCAGAAUGGGCUGUAACCGAAAACAGAGAUCCCAAGACCCAGGUCAAUGCCGAAAAUGCAAACAGAUUGUUACACAUUGUACAGGAUUUUCUACAAGCUGAAGGUCGGGUUAAUCCCUCGCUCUGGACAGAAAAGCUACUGGAGGAGAUAGUCACCCUGAUGGACAGCCUGUCGGUGUGGUACCCAGCCGGUCUUGAAUCUGAGACCCUUUCUCAAGUAGAGUUCCGACUUCUGCUCGGCUUCAUUGGACAGGACAAUCUGCAGGUGUGCGCCAUGGCCACUGCAAAACUGAAUACUUUGUUGCAAACAAAAGUGAUUGAAAAGCAAGAGGAGGCAUGUUUUCUUCUCGGGAAACUGGAAGGGAUCCUCAGCAAAUCUAUUCGGGAGAAGUCUGAAACCUACUCCUUUCUUGUUCCCAUUGUGAGGACUCUGGUUUCCAAAAUAUAUGAACUUCUCUUCAUGAACCUCCAUUUACCGUCCCUUCCGAUUACUAAUGGGAGCCCUUCCUUGUUUGAAGACUUCCAGGAGUAUUGCAAGUCUGAAGAAUGGAGGAUCUUUAUCGACAAAUUUAUUAUAUCUUAUAUGAAGCAGUACGAGGCGGUCACAUUUAGCAAGAGCCAUGAGCAGAUGGCUUUGUAUUGGAAAGAAUGCCAUGAGGCACACAUGAUGAGUAUGCACAAGCGUGAGCGCGAGCGGGGCGAAAGCAAGCUGAAAUUUCAGGAAUUUUUUUUGGAGCCAUUUAAUAGAAAAGCACGUCAGGAGAACUUGCGUUAUAAUAGUAUGCUGAAGCAAAUCAACAGCCAGCACACUGCCACUUUAAGGCAGUGGAAAGCAGCGCAAAGAUACCUCACCUGUGAACGCGGACCUUGGGCUGACAGGAAGAAGAACUGGGAAUACUGGAAGCUCUCCAAUGUAGAGAACUACUCACGUAUGAGGCUCAAACUGGUGCAGAAUAGCAAUUUUGACCCCCAUUUAGAGGCCAGUAAUUUGCGUGAUAACUUGGGUGUCCAACAGGCAGAACUGUCUAGUGAGUCACUACUGUUGGAAGCUGUAAAGCAAGUUAAAGUUAGUGACCUAGAAGAUGAUGGACUUGAGCUGCCUGAAGAGGACACUACAGUCACAAUAGGUGAAAAAGAAGAACAGAGCCAGAAGGAGAAAACCGUUCUAUCUGAGGACUGCGAACUCAUCACUGUAAUGGAUGUUAUUUCUGGCCGCUUAGAAGUUACCACUCAGCAUAUUUAUUUCUUUGAUGGCAGCACUGAAAAAGAAGAAGGUGUGGGGUAUGACUUCAAGUGGCUGCUUUCUCAAAUAAGAGAGAUUCAUUUACGUCGGUACAACCUGAGAAGAUCGGCUUUGGAAAUAUUUCUAGUUGAUCAAACCAACUACUUUCUGAAUUUCAAAAAGGAGGUCAGAAAUAAAGUAUACAGCCGCAUUCUUUCUCUCCGUCUUCCAAAUUUAUAUGGAACUCGGUCACCACAGGAACUAUUGAAAGCAUCAGGCCUUACCCAAAAAUGGGUGAAUCGGGAGAUUUCGAAUUUUGACUACCUCAUUCAGCUGAAUACAAUAGCUGGGAGAACAUACAAUGAUCUUGCCCAGUACCCAGUGUUUCCAUGGGUCCUUCAAGAUUACACAUCAGAAGAGCUGGACCUGAACAACCCAGCUGUCUUUAGGGACCUAUCCAAGCCCAUUGGGGUGGUGAAUGAAAAGAAUGCUGCUUCUGUGCGGGAAAAGUAUGAAAACUUUGAAGAUCCUUCUGGAAAGAUUGACAGUUUCCACUAUGGUACACACUACUCCAAUGCUGCUGGUGUGAUGCAUUAUCUCAUUCGUGUGGAACCAUUCACUACCCUCCACAUUCAGCUUCAGAGUGGAAGGUUUGACUGUGCCGAUCGACAGUUUCAUUCCAUUCCAGCCACUUGGCAAGCUCUUGUGGAUAAUCCAAAUGAUGUGAAGGAACUAAUUCCAGAGUUCUUCUAUUUCCCAGAAUUUCUUGAAAACAAAAAUGCGUUUGAUUUGGGAAAGUUGCAAAUUUCUAAAGAAAGAGUAAACAAUGUUAUUCUACCAAAAUGGGCCAAAAGUCCUGAAGAUUUCAUCAGAAAGCACGGGAUGGCCUUGGAGUCGGAAUAUGUUUCUGCCCAUCUUCACGAGUGGAUAGACUUGAUCUUUGGCUAUAAGCAGAGAGGACCAGCGGCUGUGGAGGCGCUCAAUGUGUUCUAUUACUGUAGCUAUGAAGGUGCUGUGGACCUGGAUGCAAUUGCAGAUGAGAAAGAGAGGAAAGCGAUAGAAGGAAUGAUCAACAAUUUUGGACAAACACCAUGUCAGCUGCUGAAGGAACCUCAUCCAACUCGGCUAUCUGCAGAGGAAGCUUUGCUGAAACAGACCAAACUAGACAAUGGAACACUGAACUUGUUCCAAAACCUCACAGAGCUGAAAUCAUUCUUUAUAAAGGGUAUUAGUGAUGAAAUUCCUGUGGUUAAAGCCAUUGUCCCAAAAAGUCAGUUACGUUCCUUUAUAUCUCAAGGGAGCCCAGAAACACUGGUAACAAUAAGUCAGAGCCUAAUUAUUGGAACCCAUGGAUGGCUACCAUAUGACAAGAACAUUUCAAAUUAUUUCACCUUUACUAAGGACCAAACUGUAUCUAAUCAAAAGACUCAGAGGGUGGUGUCUGGUCCAUUUGCUCCUGGUCUUGAGGUAACUUCAAAACUGUUUGUGGUGUCCCAUGAUGGGAAAGUGUUGUUCAGUGGUGGUCACUGGGAUAACAGCAUCCGGGUAACUUCAUUGGCUAAAGGCAAAGUGAUAGGACAACACAUCCGGCAUAUGGACAUUGUGACCUGCCUAGCCACAGAUUACUGCUGUAUGAAUCUUAUUUCUGGCUCUCGGGACAGAACGUGCAUGAUCUGGCAGAUCUCACAACAGGGUGGUGUUUCUGGCGACCUGUCUGCUAAGCCUAUACAGAUCCUGUAUGGACACACGGAUGAAAUAACUAGUGUUGGCAUCAGCACUGAGCUGGACAUGGCUGUUUCUGGAUCCAGAGAUGGGACAGUAAUUAUUCACACAAUUCGAAGAGGACAAUACAUGAGGACCUUGAAGCCACCAACUGAAAGUUCACUUGUCAUGACUAUUCCCAAUUUAGCAGUCUCCUGGGAUGGACAUAUUGUCAUACAUAGCAGUCUGGAGGGGAAAGGAACCCUAAAAAACAAGAAUGCCUUACAUCUGUAUAGUGUGAAUGGAAAAUACCUGGGCUCUGAGGGCCUGAAGGAGCAAAUAUUGGACAUGUGCGUCAGCGGUGAAUACAUUGUGAUUGGGAGCCGUCAGGGACAUCUUUCUAUACGUGAUCUGUACAGUUUGAGUCUCAGUGUUUCACCUUUGAGUAUGCGGGUUCCAAUUCAUUGUGUCUCUGUGACCAAGGAGAACAGUCACAUUCUGGUGGGUCUAGAAGACGGCAAACUCAUCAUUGUUGGUGUUGGCAAGCCAGCAGAGGCCAAAUCAGGUCAAAUUUCCAGGAAGCUUUUUGGAUCAAGCAGGAGACUCAGCCAGAUCUCAUCUGGAGAGACUGAAUAUAACACACAAGAUUCCUAAUGUGAGAAUACAGUUAUGUGAGGAGCUCAUAAUCUGAAGCCUUGUCAGAGUGUUACGAGGAGAACUGUCAAUGAAGGCUACACACUACAGUUGUGGUGGAUCUGAGAGGAUAUACACACAAGUGCAUUUUUCUUUGCCUCAUAUUGCUGCUUAACUGUUCAGCCGCCAGGUGUCGGCUCCUGCCUUCAGGCCAAAAGGUUAUUUAUGUAUGAACUCCAGACAUAGACCUCUCUAAGGCCAUCUCCUCCCUUGAUUGCACUACUUUUUGUCUUUUUAUGUUGUUCAAAAUGUUAUCGUAUUUGGGCUACCUAGCACUACUGGGAGUAUCACGACAUUCCUCCUUUAGGUAAGAAAAGUACUCUACUUUAGUCUUUUAUGACUUGUUCACGGUAUGGUUGAUCCAUGGAGGGAUGUUUCCAAGCAAAGUUUUAGUCUAAAGUAACUGGACAGUAAAGUAACAGAUGAAGCCUUUUUAUAUCAAAUGUUUGUGUUUCCAUUGAAUGUUUUUUUUUUUUUUUUUACGUGAAAUAUCAUGCAUUUCUUAUGAGGUUCUCCCUUCUGGAGUAAUGACCCAGUUUAGCUGUGGUUUCAAUCCAGUGUUGUAGUAAUCAUUAACAUUUGUGCCUACUGAGCAAUCACAUUUUUCUGUCUAGCAGAAACCAUUUCUUAUAGAAAGCACAUGAGGUUAGUUCCCCUCAAGGAUGCAUGACUAGUAACCGUAUUUAAUGUUACAUUGCACGGCACAUAAGGGCUCUAAUACUCCCUUUUUGUUUUAUGUGUUCUCCUAAAUGAGAUGGUCACAGGGUGUCUUGCCGUAGGGACACCCAGCAGUCAUCUGGAGUGGGGGAACCCAACAGCAAGUGUUCAGUUCCCCUGCAGCACCACCAUAGGAAAUGAAGUAUCGCUAGUUCUCAUUGAAAUGAGUUGGCUUUCUGGGUAUUGCAUGGACAUGCCAGAUUCACCAGAGCAAGAAAUACUUUUUAUGUAUAGCCUUUCCACAAGAAAACUUGUGUGGUGUGAAGUUAGGCUUAGUCCACAUAUGUGAUGUGCACCCCGACAGCCUGAUCUAGCGAAGGAACACACCACCGGAGUUCACCGUAUCCAGCAUAGCCAGAUAGGGCAGUGCACCACUGGAUCCCCAUGGAUUACAACGGGUUCCAACUGGGAUCCGGGCACUCUCUGCCAUAAGACUUAUUUUUUAUUUUAUUUUUCGGCCAGACAAAAAGUCCUGCAUGCACAACUUUUUAUCCAGCCAAGAACCAGCAUUUAUGCCAGAAAGCGGACAGCUCCUCAUCACAUCCCAUUGUACUCAAAGUGGAUCCGGCUAUGCCAGAUACGGUAAACUGUGCCAGUCUGUUCCUCUGGCGGAUCAGGCUGCUGGGGUUCACAUUGUAUAUUUGAAAACCUCAGACCACACAAGUUUUCUCAGGUUUUGGCAACCUCAAAGUAAAGAGUUCAAUAGAUUUAUCUCAUAAGUUUUUAUGAUAUGGGCUAUCUUGUUCUGGCAGUCAAAUAGACAAUGCAAACACCAUAACGAAAUAGUUUAUGCACAGAAUAGGAGUAAUGCUGUUUAAGGUGCAGCACUGAACAAAUCCCAUAGAUUAAAACCCUGUAUAAACCGUUAUAUGUCACUACUUGAAAUGGUAAAAUCAGCAUUGUGUAAAUUGAAAGACAUUCCUCAAUUAAGCUCUAUUAAUACAAGAAAUGGUGUGCAAUCAUAUCUAAUGCUCUGAUUAUUAUGUAUGUGGUGUUUGUAUUUAUUAUCUGCUCAUUAUACUAUACGUUGCAUUAGUCUUUAAUAUUCUAACAAUCAUAAAUUACCUUUUAUGUUGCUUUCUUUCCAGUCUACUCAGGCUCUGUUCAUACCAUAAUUUGUACUUAAUGACCAAAAAAGAAAGCAAAAUUAUUUAUAUUUAUUACUGUUGUAGACCGAUUUGGUCACUGGAUCAGUUAGUACAAUUUUUUGUGCAUCCAAAAACAGCAUGAACAGUGAUGUGUGCCAAGUGGACUCUGUACAGCUCCCCACAGGAAGGGCAGUCCUAAGACAGGUGCAGCACGUUCUUACCAUUGCUAAUAUUCUCGGUAAACAAUCACAUUUUGUUAAAUCUUUUUAUUUUUUUUAUAUAUAAAUUAAAAAUUUUGCCAGAGAAUAUUGUUAAUCCAAAGGUGAAUAUAGUGUCAGUGGUUGCAGCAAAUCUGCGUUUCUCGAACAUAAUGCAUCUGAUAAGGAAUAGGACGGUGAAUUGUGAGUUUGUCACGUGUAGAUUUGUAACCAUUCAUUGUUUAUAUGACUUUUGUGGAGACACUUACUCCUCAUAGUUUCUCAAUUAACUUAUUGGCAUGACAUUUUAUAUAGACCAUAACACAGCACAUGAAGUGUAAAUAAUGAGUUUGCAUAGGUAAUAUACACACACGGCAGAUUUGUCACAGAAAUUCCUGUGACAGAAAUGGUAGCAUUUAUCGCAAGCACAUAGAUGAAUGAGACCGUUGCAGACAUUUCUGAAACUAGGGAUGAGCGAACUGGUGUCUGUCCGUGGUAGCAGAAUCCAUAACGGAAGUUUGCUCAACACUAUCUGCAACAAAUUUGCCACGUGUGAAUAAUCUAAGGUUUUAUACAAUGUAUUGAUUAAUUUGCUGCUGUAUCGAUGACACUAUUCUAAAAGUUUUAUUUAAUGAGAAUUUAUUUAGAAUUUUUUUAACAUUAAAAAGGUCUCUAAAAACACUAAACACUUCAAUCGCAAACUGUAUAAUGACCUUGUCAACCAAAUACUAAGCUCAGUGUGCGGUUCCUAUUUUAUGCUUGAGAUUAGUCUACUGAUUUUUAUGCAUUAUGUAUAUACUACAUUCUUAACUUUGUAAAUAUGAAUAUACAAUUUUUUGUUUUACAUACAAUCAAAUGCAGUCCUACAUUUGACAAGUAGGUGAUUUAUUUCUUAUGUGCAUUUUCAUGUAAAGGUUAUAUAGCAUUACUAUUCAUAUACCUAAAACUGAUCAUUCAUGUCUUCCAGGGACUACUGUGUUCCAUGUGUUUAAAGGAUUGGCUCACUUUAUUUUAUUAACACCAAGCUUGACACUUUGUGCUAAGCACAUUUGUUAUGUCUUGAAAUUCAGCAACAGCGGUAGCAAAGCUGAGUCUGUUGUUUGGAAAUCAUGAUGUGAAACUCAUGAGUAAAUGAACAGCAAUAUUAAAAUACAAUAUUUUAUUGCACCACUGUCUCAUGCUUAAUUGGUGCUUGUCAAUAUUACAACUCACAAUGUGGAGCCAGAUCAUAGGCCUUACUUUUUUAGUAAGUGAUUUCAAACUCUAUGGGGGAGAUUCAUCAUAGACUAGCAUUUUGCGCCGAUCUACAAUAACCCCUGCACUGCCAGAGGAUGCACCUAAUUUAUGACUCGCAGCUCAUCGUAAAUUAGGAGCAUCCUCUGGCACCCCAUGCACCUAAACAGAAAUCUGUGGCAGCUCAGAGCUGCCGUAUAUUUCUGUCUUCAUCUAUGCCUGAAAACGUACUCCAUUUAUUGGAGGGUGGUGUAGAAACCGCACUUGCAUCAAAAUUUUGUGUAAGUUAAGUUUGAAAAGUUGCAAACUGGGUUAGCAAAUUUUUUCACUCAAGAAAAGUGGGGUGCAGGGAAAGAUAAAUUCCUCCCUAUGUGAUUCCACCUUAGAAAACAAGUAAAAACUAAUAUUUGUGACCAGAGUAAAGGAAACCUGAACAUUUUAAUAGUGAUCUCAUUUUAUUUUAAGGAACAUUAAAUAAACUUUAAUAUUACAGCUUUUCUUUACUCUACAUAAGUAUUUCUCAGGAUUGUGUGCUUUGUCUUUGCUGUGUUACAUAUCUGCCUUUUGGAAUAAUAAAAUUUUUCUGGCUUGUGCUGAAUUUUGUGUGCAAUAUUUUUUGUUAUAUACAGUAAUUGUCUUCUACAAAUUGAGUUCUUUGCGACCUGAAAUUUUAAUAAUAUACUCCUCUCGGUGACUGUAGGAUACUGAUGUGCAAAUCAAUGAACUGCAUAUGUUAAUGGCGCUGAAAGGACAGUGUGUGUAUAUCUGCUCUAUUUUAUGUACAGGGUGUUUGUGGAUGUUUUCAAAAUAAUUUGCACUUUUCUAGAGAUUUCAAAUUUGUAAACUGUAACUGUUUAAUAUUUUGUACAGAAUAAUUUGAAUUGACUAUUGUAAAUACGAUGGACAAAAUAAAACUUUGAAUAACA